AUGGAGCCCCGAGGGGAGUCGAUUGCAUAUCCAAGGCAAGUUCUCCUUCUCUUUGUUUUGCUCUGUGUGUAUGUGUCAGCUUCCGAGCUCGGGAGGUUUUCGGUGGCGGAGGAAAUGGAGAGUAGAUCUUUUGUAGGCAAUGUGGCAAAGGCCCUGGGCUUGGAGGUUAGAGAACUAUCGGCCAGGGGUGGUCGGAUUACUUCCAAAGGGAAAAAACAGCAUUUACAUCUCAAUGUCCAGACCGGGGAUUUGCUCCUAAAAGAGAAACUGGAUCGGGAGGAGCUGUGCGGCCCUGCGGAGCCCUGUGUGCUGCCUUUCCAGAUUUUACUGGAAAAUCCCCUUCACAUAAUUCCUGCAGAGCUGAGAGUGCUAGAUAUAAAUGACCACGCGCCCAUGUUCCCAGACGUUGAAAUGCUCUUGAAAAUCCGCGAGAAUAGCCCACCAGAGUCUCUAUUUUCUCUGAAAAACGCGCUAGAUUUGGAUGUAGGUAUCAACAAUGUUCAGAACUACACAGUCACCCCCGACUCCCAUUUUUGUGUUCACACUCGAACUCGCAGUGAUGGUAGGAAGUACCCGGAGCUGGUCUUGCACAAAGCCCUGGAUCGUGAGGAGCAGCCAGAGUUCUCUUUAACCCUCACUGCAGUAGAUGGUGGGUCCCCUCCCAAGUCCGGAACCGCCCAAAUUCGAGUCUUGGUUGUGGACGUCAAUGAUAAUACUCCUGUAUUUGCUCAGCCCCAGUAUGAGGUUCAGAUCCCUGAGGACAGCCCCAUCGAUUUCCUGGUUGUCACUGUCUCUGCCAGAGACUUGGACAUAGGAAGCAAUGGUGAAAUCUCAUACACACUUAUUCAGAGUUCGGAGGAGGUUAGUCAAACUUUCAAAGUAAAUCCCUUCUCGGGAGAAAUCAGACUGAAAAAACAAGUAGAUUUCGAAAUGAUUCAGUUAUACGAGAUGGAUAUUGAGGCCACCGAUGGUGGAGGCCUUUCUGGAAAAUGCACUGUCCGAAUCCAUGUAAUGGAUUUAAACGACAAUCCUCCAGAAUUAGCCUUGUCCUCUUUAAAUAGCCCUAUCCCCGAGGAUUCAUCUGAGGUCGUCGUCGCUGUUUUCAGCAUUUCAGACCGGGACUCAGGAGACAAAGGAAAGAUGGUUUGCUCUAUCCAAGAUAAUGUCCCCUUCGUCCUGAAAUCGUCUUUGGAGAAUUUCUAUACCUUGGUGACUGAUGGAGUCCUGGACAGAGAGAUCAGAAACGAGUACAACAUCACCAUUACUGUCACGGACUUGGGAUCCCCCAGGCUUAAAACCGAGCAAACCAUCACAGUGCUGAUCUCUGACGUCAAUGAUAACUCUCCGGUGUUUACUCAAACAGCUUACACUCUCUAUCUCCGGGAGAACAAUAGUCCUGCCUUUCACAUUGGCGGCGUCAGUGCCAGUGACAGGGACUGGGGUUCCAAUGCCAGAGUUAUCUACUCGUUGCUGCCUCCAGAGACUGGAGAACUCCCCCUCUUCUCCUACAUUUCCAUUAACUCAGAUAACGGCCAUCUCUAUGCCUUGAGAUCUUUGGAUUAUGAAGCCAUCCAAGCUUUCCAGUUCACUGUGAGGGCAGCUGAUUGUGGCUCCCCAUCCCUGAGCAGUCAGGCACUGGUUCGGCUAGUGAUCCAGGACGAGAAUGAUAACUCCCCCUUCGUGCUCUACCCUUUGCAGAAUGGCACCACCCUCUGUAAUGACCUAGUACCUAGGACAGCAGAACCAGGUUACCUGGUCACCAAGGUAGUUGCAGUGGAUGGAGACUCAGGACAGAAUUCCUGGCUUUCCUACCAACUGCUGAAGGCCACAGACCCAGGGCUCUUCACGAUAUGGGCCCAUAAUGGGGAAGUUCGUACCUUAAGAUCCAUCAGUGAUAGAGAUGCUAUUAAGCAGAAGCUCCUGGUACUAGUGAAGGACAAUGGGCAGCCGCCUCUGUCCACAGCAGCUACACUAAAUGUGUUCCUUGUAGAUGGAUUCUCUGAGCCUUACUUGCAGCUCCCAGAUAUGCCCAAGGAGCAGGCCCAGACUGACUCCCUCACCAUUUAUUUGGUCAUUUCUCUAGCUUCUGUCUCUUUCCUUUUUCUUGUUUCUGUGAUCCUGUUUAUUGCUGUGCGCUUGUGGAGAACAAAGAAGGAUGCCACUGAUGGCCAUCAGUUUAGGUCCAAUAGUUCAUUCCCAGGCCACUUUGUGGAUGUUGGGGGCACUGGGACCCUGUCCCAGAGUUAUCACUAUGAAGUGUGUCUGACCAAUGAUUCUGGUAAUGCUGAAUUUCAAUUCUUAAAGCCCAUUAUUCCCAGACUCCCCACUCAGGAUAGUGGAAGAGAGUUGGAAGAACACCCUCCCUUCCAGAAGAGCUUUGGGCUGGGUUAA